UUCUCCAUUGUGGUUCUAUUUGUUUUAACUCUUUGGUUAAACAGUCAGCUGGCAUACGAAGUUUUCUAUAAACUUAUUGGAAGGACACUCGCGGAUUUGCAGUCGGCGUUUUUAUUAUCCACCGGUUAAAUUGUUUUUGUAUCGAAAAUGUUUGCAAACAAAGUGGUUCUUAUUACUGGAGCCAGCUCGGGAAUUGGUGCAGAAACUGCAAUCGACUUCUCAAAACUUGAAGCCAAACUCGUAAUUACUGGACGUAACAAAGAAAAUCUAGAAAAAGUUGCAAAAUCAUGCCAAGAGAAUUCACCUGAUAACUUGAAACCAUUAAUCGUUAUUGCUGACAUGAACGUUGAAAGUGAUGUAGAAAAAGUUAUAAAAGCUACUAUUGCUGAAUUUAAACAACUUGAUGUAUUGGUCAACAAUGCUGGUGUUCUCGAAUCAGGUUCCAUCGAAAACACGUCACUGGAUCAGUAUGAUCGUGUUAUGAACACAAAUGUCCGUGGACCAUAUCACCUGACAAUGCUGGCUGCUCCUCACCUUGUGAAAUCUCAAGGAAAUAUCGUGAAUGUAUCCAGCGUGACCGGUAUGAGAUCGUUCCCUAAUGUUUUGGCGUACUGCAUGUCGAAAGCUGCCUUAGAUCAAUUUACGAGAUGCGUUGCGCUGGAAUUGGCACCGAAAAACGUUCGUGUUAAUGCUGUGAAUCCCGGUGUCAUUACUACAGGAAUUCACAUGAAAUCUAGUAUGAAUGCACAAGAAUAUGAAGAGUUUAUAAAGAAGUGCGCCAACAGCCAUGCUUUGGGAAGAGCUGGUGAUGCUAAGGAAGUCUCGUCGGUGAUUUUGUUUUUAGCAAGCGACGCAGCUAGCAACAUCACUGGUGUUACUAUGCCAGUUGAUGGUGGUCGCCAUGCUAUGUGCCCACGAUAACGUUAUUAGUCCUCAUAUUGUUAUAACUGCACAUAAGAUGUGCUAAAUGUAUCUUAUUUAUGUUAAUAAGUGUCUAUUAAACUAA